AUGGAAGAACUAAUCGACGAACAAGAAAUUGCUAUCACCACAAUAACCAGAGCAGAAAGAAGCUUCAGAAAACGUCCUCAUGGUGAAAUGACUGCAGCAUACGUGGAAGGUCGACGAUCAGAGUUGAUGCAAGCUUGGAACAAUUGCAAGGCAUUGGAUACUUUAGACACGUUUAAUGAAACAAUAGCAAAUAUAAACACUCGUUUAAUCCGCGAUUCAGGUGAAAGUUCUCAGUCCCGCGAUUCCAUAGAGCCACAUAGAAGAAUUAAAUUACCUAGAAUUGAUUUACCGAAAUUUAACGGUAAUUAUCUUGAAUGGCAAAACUUCAAAGAUAUGUUUGAAUCAAUGAUAGCUUCAGAACAUGAUUUAGCUGAUGUACAAAAAAUGCAAUACCUCAAAUCUUGUUUGGAAGGGGAGGCAGCUCAACUUCUCAAACACUUAGAUCAAGGUUCGGAGGCUACAUUCAUCUCUGAAAAUGUAGUUCAAUUACUCCAUGCCAAAACACACCGUGUCUUAAUUAGAGUUAACGGCGUAGAUAACGUUUUUAUCAGUAAUGUAAAGGCUAAAGUAAACUUAACUAUAUUUUCAAGAACGGAACCACAGAAUUCGAUUGAGAUUUCCGCUUUAGUGUUACCGAGACUUAAUAACUACACACGUUUGAACGCAAGCUCUACUAAACAAUGGGAACACUUAAAGAACUUAAAUUUCGCUGACGACAAUCCAUUCAUAACAAAAAAGUAUGAGAUGAUUAUUGGAGCAGAUUAUUACGGCUCUCUUUUGUUAAAAGGUAUAAAAAAAGGUCCUAAUGGUUCCCCCAUUGCUCAGAAUUCCCUUUUAGGAUGGAUAGUCUCUGGUCCUACGAAUUCCUUAGAAACAGUUCCUAGAACUUUAGCUCACCAAAAUAUAGAAAUUCCGGAACUUCAACAAGAUCUACAACGAUUUUGGGAAGUCGAGGAAUGUUUCGAAAAGAUAAGCCUUACACCUGAGGAAAAAAGUUGUGAAGAAUAUUUUAGUAACACACAUUCGCGAACAACAGAGGGACGUUACGUUGUUCGACAAAUUUUUAAAGACAAAGAGAAUCAAAUCCUAGGAUCAUCCUUAGCAAAAUCCCUUACUAUGUUGACAAGAUCAGAAAAACGUUUAGACAAAAAUCCUUCUCUUAAGAACGAUUAUUAUGAUUUUUUAAAAGAAUAUAAAACGUUAAACCACAUGGUUGAGAUAAAACCUGAUUUAAAAGACGAAAAACAACGCGUUUACUUACCUCAUCACCCAAUAAUACGAGAAAGUAGUUCAACAACACGUGUCAGAGUAGUUUUUAACGCAUCCAGUCUUACUUCUAAUGGUGUUUCCUUGAAUGACCUUUUGUCAGCUGGUCCCAAACUACACACGGAAAUCCCUUCGAUUAUUUUACGCUGGAGAAACUAUCGCUUUGUUAUGACGGCAGAUAUCUGCAAAAUGUUUAGACAAAUUCUAAUCGACCCCCAAGAUCAACACUUACAAAAUAUAGUGUGUCGCUUGGGACCAGAUGAGGAGAUAAAACACUUUCGAUUACUCACCGUUACAUACGGCACGAAAUCAGCUCCUUAUUUAGCAAAUCGAGUGAUAAAGCAGUUAGCUGCGGAUGAAGGAGAAGAUUUUCCAGAAGCUAAAACGGUAUUGGAAAACGACUUUUAUGUCGAUGAUGGUUUAUUUGGUGGAAAUGAUUUAGAAAAAACUCGAGUUCUUAAAAACGAUUUAUGCAAACUUUUAGCGCGAGGAGGUUUUAUGUUAUACAAGUUUUCCUCAAAUGCCCCAGAAUUAUUAUCUGGACAUACUGAUAUUGAAGAAAGUAAAAAUCUUGAUAUAGUAGAAACAGAGAGUAAUUGUUCGGUGCUCGGUCUAGUUUGGAAUUCGAAAGAUGACGAAUUUAGAUUUACCGUCGCAAUGCAACCAUUUUCCGUAGUAACCAAACGAUUAAUUCUAUCUGUAAUUUCCAAGCUAUUUGACCCUUUAGGUUUAGUAGCUCCUAUUAUAAUUGUCGCGAAAAUUAUAAUGCAAGACCUAUGGUUACAAAAAUUUCAAUGGGAUUCAGAAUUACCCGAGAAAUUUAAAGAACAGUGGGUUUCGUAUUGUCACAAACUCAACAGUAUAAAAUCUAUUAAAAUACCUCGCUGGACUGGUUGUAAAGAGGGGAGUCAAAUUGAGGUACAUGGUUUCGCAGACGCAUCUUCACGCGCUUAUGCUGCUGUAGUUUAUAUUCGUGUUCUAAACCCACAUAAGUCACCUAUCCUCACUAUCUCCCUUGCAAAAACUAAAGUUGCACCUAUUAAAAUUGUGACCAUUCCAAGAUUGGAAUUAUGUGCAAUAGUUCUGCUUACAAAAUUACUUAAAAGGGUUGUUAGCGAUCUUCAACUGAAUCAAACUCCAAUAUAUGGUUGGACAGAUUCAACAAUUGCACUCUCCUGGUUAGCUAAACAUCCUUCAACAUGGAAGACUUUCGUUGCUAACCGAGUUCAAACAGUACAUACAUUGCUUCCCUGUAUAAAAUGGAGACAUGUUCCUUCUUCUGAUAACCCGGCAGAUUGUGCCUCAAGGGGGAUUAAUCCUUCCGAAUUGCAGGAAAACAGACUUUGGUGGCAGGGACCUAUUUGGUUAAAAGAACCAGAAGCCUCUUGGCCUUCAAGUCCUGUUCUAGAGUACGGCACAAACGAUGAAUUACGAAAGUCAAAGAUUUAUUUAAAGACAACAAAGGGCAAUGUAGACUUAGUUAAUGAAUUAAUCGAAAAAUACAAUAGUUGGCCAAUCCUCGUAAAAAUUAUAACGCUUUGUUUGAGAUUUGUCAAAAAGUUUGUUGCACGAUAUAAAAGAGAUUCUAACGCCUUAAACAACCAUCCUUGCGUUGUGAAAGAAAUGCGUGAAAGCAAACAAUUUUUAAUACGCUUUAUUCAAGGUCAGCAUUAUGCUAGGGAGAUUCAAGAUUUAAAAGAAGGACGUCAGAUUAAAGGAUCAAGUCUUUUAAAAUCCCUAAACCCUUUUUUAGAUCAGGAAGGUUUACUCAGAGUGUCUGGUCGUUUAAAGAACGCACCAAUAGAAUACGAUGCUCAACAUCCUAUAAUAUUGCCAAAACAUCGAUUAAGUAAAUUGUUAGCGCAACAGGCACACUUGAGAUGCCUUCACGGUGGCCCUCAGCUAACUUUAUUUACAUUACGUCAGAAUUUUUGGGUUAUUAGUGGUAGAAACUUAAUACGGAAAUUAAUUCACGGUUGUAUAUCUUGUGUACGCCAAAGGGCAAAAACAUCGACUCAGCUAAUGGCAGAUUUACCAGCUCCUCGAGUAACAAUUUCUAAACCUUUUACUCAUUGCGGAUUAGAUUAUGCCGGUCCUAUAUCAGUGAAAUUAGGAAAAGGCCGCGGUUAUCGUUCUCAGAAGGGAUACAUAGCCUUAUUUGUUUGCUUAGCUACUCGCGCGAUACACUUAGAGCUAGUUAGCGAUAUUACAACAGACGGGUUCCUCGCAGCUCUUAGAAGGUUUGUUUCCCGACGUGGCUUGCCGAGUGAUUUGUAUAGUGACAACGGCAAAAACUUUGAAGGUGCAGAUAAGGAACUACAGCGAUCCUUUAAAAAAUUAUGUAAAGACCCAACUCUGAAAGGCUAUAUUUCAAAAAACGAGAUUGUUUGGCACUUUAUACCCCCUUAUGCUCCCCAUUUUGGAGGACUUUGGGAGGCUGGAGUGAAAAGUGUCAAAUACCAUUUUCGUCGAAUUGUAGGCAACUCGACAUUCACGUUUGAAGAGCUAGCUACAAUAUUAAGCGAGAUAGAAGCAUGUCUUAAUUCAAGACCUAUAGCCCCUUUUACAGAAAAUUCAGAUGAUUUCUCUUACCUUACACCAGGACACUUGUUGAUUGGUCGUCCAUUGCUAACAGUUCCAACUCCUACAGUCCUUUCUCUUAACGAAAACAGACUAUCUCGUUGGCAAUUAGUACAAAGAGUUACUGAACAACUAUGGAAACGUUGGUCGAUUGAAUACUUGCAAGAAAUGCAAAAAAGAAAUAAAUGGACAAAAACGAAUGCAAAUAUAUCUCCCGGAGAUAUGGUUAUAGUAAAAAAUACUAAUCUUCCCAAAUGUAAAUGGGAUCUGGGGCGAGUGGUAAUGACUCACCCUGGAAAAGAUAACUUGGUUCGCGCAGUAACUGUUAAAACUCACUCAGGAAUUUAUCAGAGGCCGAUUACGCAAUUGUGUAAGCUUCCAAUAAACAAAAAUAUGUCUGAAUAA